CUCAGGCUCUGGCGCAGGGUCUGGAGGGAGAUCUCCUCGCACUUGAUUUGGAUCAGUGACAACAGUUUGAGGGAGUCGGGAGCUGGGGGAGACAGAGUGAGAAUGCCGCGAAGCGGAUCGAGACGCGAGGGUGCUGCGGGGACCGAGUGGGUGUUGCGCUCAUCGGAUCGCCUUGUAGCGCGGGUAAUCUUCUGCGAUCGAUCGGGGUGUUCGGUUUGGGCACGGUUGCUGCUCGCAACGGUAGAUGAUAGUCUCAGGGCCGUCUGGGAUGUAGACGUCGAUGAGGUCCUGAGAGUCGAAUGCGUGGACCUGGCCUUGGCAGGCAGCCACGUUGGGUGGGGGGAGGAAGGGGAGGAACCUAAGCCACGCGUCCGUGAGGACAAGUAUCGCCCACUGAAUAGGGGUGCGCACCACCCAACCUAUAGGAAAGGAGAGUGA